ACAAGAAAUCCAAAAACAAUGGCGUUUUGGCGCAUUUUCAUUUGUUCCUUACUGCUAUCUUCUUUAAGAAUGGCAUCAGCUUCCUUUUACAGGCCUAGAAAAAGGCCAACUCAAACUUUUACUCAAGAAAGGUUUAUCCAGUGCUUUAAUGGCAACUCCCCGUUUGCCAUACCCCUCUCCACUGCCUUUUUUACCCCCAGCAACGCCUCCUUUUCCUCGGUGCUACAAUCGACAGCCCAAAACCUCCGGUACUUAGUGCCUUCCAUGCCGAAACCCGAGUUUAUCAUCACUCCGUUGCAUGAAUCCCAUGUUCAAGCUGCUGUGAUUUGCGCCAAGAGGCUGAAUAUUCACCUCAGAGUCCGCAGUGGAGGCCAUGAUUACGAAGGACUCUCUUUCGUAUCCCAAAUCGAAUCCCCUUUCAUUCUUGUCGACCUCUCCAAACUCCGGUCGGUCCAAGUCGACAUCCCGGGAAACAGUGCUUGGGUUGAAGCCGGUGCCACCGUCGGCGAAGUUUAUUAUAGAAUUGCUGAGAAAAGUAACAUACAUGGCUUCCCUGCAGGUCUUUGCACUAGCCUUGGCAUUGGCGGGCACAUCACAGGUGGUGCAUAUGGUUCGAUGAUGAGGAAAUAUGGCCUCGGUGUCGAUAAUGUCAUCAAUGCUCGAAUCGUCGAUGUGAAUGGCAGAGUUCUCGACCGAGCAGCCAUGGGAGAAGAUCUUUUCUGGGCAAUUAGAGGUGGUGGAGGUGCAAGCUUCGGCAUCAUCCUUCAAUGGAAGAUAAAGCUUGUUCCGGUCCCUGCUACCGUGACGGUUUUCACCGUAACCAAAUCUCUAGAACAAGAUGCUACAAAGAUCCUUUCUAAAUGGCAAACUGUUGCGGACAAUCUCGACGAUGAUCUUUUCAUAAGAGUCAUAAUUCAAGUAGCAAACGCCGGACGAAACAACUCCAAAACCGUGACAACGUCAUACAACGCGCUGUUUCUCGGCGAUGCUGAAAGGCUCCUCCGAGUAACGCAACAGAGCUUCCCCGAACUAGGUUUAACACGGAAAGAUUGUACCGAAACCACCUGGAUCAAAUCCGUGCUUUACAUCGCGGGCUACUCGAGCACCACUCCUCCAGAGGUUCUUCUCCAAGGCAAGUCAACAUUCAAGAACUAUUUCAAAGCCAAAUCCGACUUCGUCGAAGAAGCCAUACCCGAAACAGCACUGGAAGGUAUCUGGAAAAGAAUGGUAGAAGAAGACAGUCCAUUGAUGAUAUGGAAUCCAUAUGGAGGAAUGAUGUCGAGGAUUUCUGAAUCCGAAACCCCUUUCCCGUAUCGACAACGGACCAAAUUCAAGAUCCAGUACGUGACCUCUUGGCAAGACGGCGACAACAACGCGUCGAAGCAUAUCGAUUGGAUCAGGAGGCUGUACGAUUACAUGACCCCGUACGUCUCGAUGUUCCCCCGAGGUGCAUAUGUGAAUUACCGGGACCUUGAUUUGGGGAUGAACAAGAACAUCAACACGAGCUUCAUCGAGGCUAGCCGUUGGGGAGUCAGUUACUUCAAGGAUAACUUCAUGAGAUUGGUGAAAGUGAAAACCAGAGUUGAUCCCAACAAUUUCUUCAGGCAUGAGCAGAGCGUCCCGUCUCUUCAGGGUCAAGCUAGAUAUUAGUAUGAAUAAUGCACUUCACUUUUGUCCUUAAUUUGUACCCUGAUGUUGCUUUUAUCUCAAGAAAAGAAAUAAAUAUUCUUC